AUGGAAACUUCCAAAGUUUGGAAAUAUUUCAAGAAAAAUAAGGACGCCUCAAAUGCGCAAUGUCUAAAAUGUCCUAAAACCAUAGCCUGUAAAGGAUCAAACACAAGCGGACUAGUGAGGCAUUUAGCUCAUGUACACAAAAUUGAUGUAAGAUCCACCGAGGUUAAAAUGGACACAGAAGAAGCAUCUACCAGUUCGUCUAGUUCCGGGGUGACGGCACCAAAAAAAUUAAGAAGUGAUUUUGAAACUAUGCACGUACAGCAAACACUGAAAUUUGACGUUCAACCCAGAAAAUCGUUAGGUGAAAUUUUAGCUAAACUUUCAGCCCAAGAUGGUUUUACUAUAAGAGGCAUUACUAAUAGUGAAUUUAUCCGUGAAUCACUUGCUGCCAAGGGGUAUAAACUUCCAAAGACCCAAACCGAAGUUAUGAACCUAAUAUUGAAGUUUUAUGAUGAAAAGGAGAAAGAGAUGAUAAAAGAGCUUUCUCAGCUUUGCACAUCACCAUCAGGAAACCGGCUAAGUGUGACAAUUGACGAGUGGACGAGCAUACGAAACAGACGAUAUUUUAGCGUCUGUGUUCAUACAGCAGAGGCAAAAGUUUACAAUUUGGGGCUAGUUUACAUACCCGGAAAAUGCGGUGCCGCAGAGGUUAGAGAAAUAGUAGAGGAGCGUUUGAAAUACUUUGGGGUAAACUUCGAGCAUUAUGUCUUGGCCGUAACAAGCGACGGGCCAAAUGUUAUGAAAAAAUUUGGCAGAGAGAGCCCCUGUGAGAUGGUCCUCUGUGUAAACCAUGCCAUCCAUUUGGCUAUUCUUGAUACCUUUUGCAAAAAAAAAACAGUAACUACAGUUGCUAGAAGAAACACACCUGUUAGCGACGAUGAACACAGCAGCUCUGAUGAAGCCAGCACUGAUAACGAUGACGAAGAAUCUGAUGAUGAAUCUAUAUUGCAGCCUAUUGACGACAUAAACAAAGUGCUAAAUGAGACCCGUUCGAUCAUAAGAUUUUUCAGAAAGAGUCCCCUUAGAAAUAUCACACUACAAAAACAUGUGAAGACUGAAUUCGGGGCCGAACUAGUCUUAUUACAGGAUGUCAGAACUAGGUGGAAUUCAAUGCUAACAAUGAUUGAGCGUUUCUUGAAGUUAAAAAAUUCCAUUAAAAAAGCCUUGAUUGAUUUAGAUAGCUCAUUUAAAUGGAAGGAGGAAAAUAUUCCUAUGCUACAAAAAUUGCGGUUGAUAUUGACGCCAACUAAACUUGCAGUUGAAGCAUUGAGCAGACAAGAUGCCAAUUUACUAACUGCAGAGGCUAUAACAGAUGUGUUGCUAAAACAAUUAGAAAGUAUCGACGACCCUUUGGCUCUUCAGUUAGUAGAAUCUCUUAAAAUGAAAAUAUCAGAUCGUCGGAAUACACCUCUAAUAUCGCUGCUACGCUACCUAAACAGCCCCGAUAAUUUUAUUCUCAAAAAGAGUGCUUAUUUUACCGAUAAUAGCAAGACAUUUUUAAUUGGAUACGCUGAAGACUUAUUCAAUCGUCUAUACCCCACUGUUCCCACUACUACAGAACCUUCGACAGGAAAUAAUUCAGAAGUUGUCGAAGCAGGCGUAAGCGAAUCAGAAACUGAACAAGACAGCUUUGCAGCUCAAUUAGAGAGAGCAAUAAAAGGUGUUUCGAGAAAUGGUGAAUCAACUAAUGCUGUGGUGCUUUCCAAAUCAAUUAUAAAAAAAGAGUUUUUGCUAUUUGAAAAAACAGGCAAGAGGACCCCUAAUCUGGAAACACUAUACAAAGCAUUAAUUUCAGUCAAGCCGACUUCAACAGAAAAUGAAAGGGUAUUUUCCAUAUCGGGAAAUGUGGUCAAUACCGGGGCCGUGUUUACCUUCGGCAAGUCUCGCUUCGCCGACAACGAGCCCAGUCACUUCUUCAUCAAGAACGAUCCUAUCGUCGCCAUCUCCUGCGGUGAUGAGCACAGUGCUGUGAUAUGCCAGAAUGGACGUGUGUUCGUGUUCGGUGGGAACGCGUGGGGCCAGCUGGGACUGGGUCACAAGGACGAGGUGACGCGGCCCAGCUGCGUCAAGUGGCUGAAGCCUCACCGUGCCAUGUUCGUCGCAUGCGGCCGCGCGCACACAAUCUUCGUUACAGACACCAACGCAAUUUACACCGUUGGCUGCAACGAGGAGGGUCAGCUGGGCUGCGGUGACAUGGAGCCGCGCAGCGUGCCCCAGUACGUGGAGUUAGACUCCGUGCCCAUUAAGCAGGUGUCAGCCGGCAGCAACCAUACAGCCAUUCUCACAGAGGACGGUCGUGUGUUCGUGUGCGGUUCCAACACGGAGGGGCAACUGGGGCUGGGCGAGGGCUCGCGGAACUGCGCCAACUUCACCGAGCUCAAGUUCAUGGAGAAAAUCGCCUUCGUCGAGUGCGGAUACUAUCACACCGUCUUCAUUACCGCUAAAGGAGCAGUGUUUAUGACCGGCGACAACGAAAACGGGAAACUUGGGAUCCACAACACAGCUUCUACGAUCUACGCACCGGAAGUGUUGCCAAUAGACGUGCCUAUCAAGAGCGCUUGUUGCGGUGCUAACCACACUUUUCUAUUAUCUAUGGACGAAAGUCGAAUACUGGCCUUUGGGUCCAACGAAAGAGGACAGCUUGGGAUGCCGGAGGGAGUUGAAAAUGUCACCACACCCACCGAGAUAGACAUGGAGAUGUUCGACGGUUAUCAGCUGAAACUAGUCGCUUGCGGUGCGAUGCAUACUGCGUUUGUCACAGAUAACGGUCUACUUUACACGUGCGGCGAGUCGCGACACAACAAACUAUGUUUGGAGGAGGAAAAUGACGCCAAUAACUCAAACGAGGCAGUUCCCAAUCAAUACACGCCUAAACGGGUCACCGCCAUGAAUGGUUACAUUGUCGACAACGUAGCUUGCGGUGGAUGCCACACUCUAAUUACAGCCACUAAAGAUACGUACAAAGAUUUUGCAAACAACGGGUUUAAUGCAGUACAUGCAGAAACACAAAAACUAUCAUUAACUGAACUACCGCCGUUACAAAAAAUACCAGGACUUAAUAAAGCUGAAGAUAUGAUAAUAAAUGACAACACAAAUCUUAACAACAACGAACAUUAUAUAGACAAUAUAAAUGGAAAUAAUAACGAUGAAAUCGGAUCGAUAGACUCACUAGAAGCGAAUGUCAGUGGUUCACACAUUGUAAACAUAAAUGACCUUGACGAAAAUGGAAGUACGCACGGCAUACUGGACAUAAACAAAGACAAUAGCGAAACGUUUUCAGCCUUGAAUAGUGGAAUAAAAAGUACGAUUGCAGCUAUCGAAACCGAUAUGAAAGAAGCCAUUGGCAAUGCUGAAAAAUCAAUUGAAAUAUCUAAAGAAAAAGUCGAAAAUACUAUUCAAGACUUCAAGGAAGACACAAUUAAGAAAAUGGAAGUAGUUGAAGAUAUUAUACAAAAAACAGAAGUAAAAUUGGAUCCAUUACACAUUGAUGAAAAAAAAUCUCUUGGAAUACCGGAUAUAACAGCAGAAAUUGCCAAUUCUCCGCCUCCAAAAACACCGAUCAUUCAGGAUUUGCUCCAUAUACCAGACAUAAGUCAAAUGAGUCCAGCUAUAAGUAAACAUAGUGAUGAUGGACAAAAAAGUGAUACUGGCCAGUCGGAAAAUGAAACUAUUCCCUGUGGAUCGGAUAAAUCUAGUCCUCAAGCGGGAAAAUCUGCUAAAACACAAGCAGUAAUGCCCAUAGUGAGGAGUGAAGAUCAUAUUGACUCUCACAAUGAAACUGCUAAUAACGAAGAAGCGGAUGUGGUUGUACAUAAACUUGAGGAGAAAGGACGCUUCGCACGUAUCUUCCAAUCUAUUAGAGAUAAGGAAAACUCUUGCAUGGGAAAAGGAAAAGUUAUAGAAGAAAAAGUUGUGGAAAAUAUUCACAAAGGGUUGGAUAACACAGAAGAAACUGUAACUAAGGUGGAAGAAAGAGUGGAAAUCGAGAUUAGGAACCACACAAACUCCAGAACGUGCACCAUUUUAUAA